UACUACACACUACACAGCAGCUUGCAAGUUAUAUCUUUAGUAUCUACUAUCCACUACAAAUACCAAAUAUGAUAUGCGGUGCUUUACUUCAAUUAAGUGUAAAAGAUCAAUAAAUGUCAAAAUAGAUUUUGCCUACUAAAGCGUAGGCUUGUCAUCGUAUGUAGUUUAUAACUAAAAUAUACUUUAUUUUAAAAUGGCUAGUGAGGAUGUUAUCGAAUUAGGCUCAUCGGACGAUGAAAGCCAGCCUGCACCAAAGAAGAAAAAACCGAUGCCUAAUGCUAUGGUUCAUAUACCGACAAAGCUUCCAGGAGUUACUAUAAAACCGGCUAAAUUCAAUUUAGUUCCUGCACCAAGGAUUUCAAGUAAUCCUUCUAAACCUUUUAAUGUACCCAAGGGAAUUCUAUCAAAGCCAAUCAUGAUUGGCAAAAGUAACAUUAGCUUUGAUCGCAAUAUUAAUAAACAUAAGCCCACACCUGCAAUACGUGUGCCUAUUUUGAAAAAUAAUCCUAAAGUGGCAAGAACUGUUACAUCAAAUCCAAGCAGAAAUUUAAUUAAUCCAAUAAGUAUUGCAAAAAAUUUGAAAAAACCUGAACUUGUAAUAAAGAAAUUGGCACUAAAUAGAAAACCAAAAAGUUCUGCAGGAAUACAAGGGCCAAGGCUUUUGAAUAAUUUGCCUCCAGGCAUAACUAUCAAACCUUUAGCUCAUGCUGGUGCAUCUGGGUUUAAUAAACCCUGUAAUGCUAGUUCUCUUAAAAACUCUGUUGGUGAAGUAUUAACUGUAGAAAUAGAUGAUGAGGAGGCAAUUGAGUCAUCAAUAGGUAGUCCGCAAUGGUACCUGAGACCUGAAGAACAAGUAGAUAAUAAUUUACCUAAAGAACAUGAUGACCAAAUUCAUAUUCCUUAUGAUAAUAUUGAGCCAUCACUGGAAGAACAAAAUAAUAAAGAACCAGAAACUAAAAACUUUGUGGAAAUAACCAUAGAAGAUAGUCCUGUAAAACAUUUGCAGUUGAGAGAAAGAAAUGAAAUAGGGAAAGAGCUUGCUAUAACCAUUGAAGACAGUCCAGUCAAACUUAUUGAGAAUAAGGAAAUAGAUAGUGACGGCGAAUCAGGACAGGAUAGAGUACCACAGAGUAAAAAGAAAUUGGAAUAUCCAAGAAAAAAAGUUAACAAAGAUGAACGACAAGUGGUAGAAAUUGAAAUCGAUCUCAUGGAAACGGGUCCAUUUAAACAUAAUGAUAAUGAAGAUAUAGGUAAUGAACAAAAGGAAUCAAAUUCUUGUGAUCAAGAUAAUUAUAAGCCUGAUGAUGAAAAUGUAAUUUCUAAUAAAGAAGCUUAUAUUAUUAAUGAUGAUUCCAAAGAUAAUUCACCCCAAUGUGGCGAUGGUGAAUUCCAUCCAGUGUACCAAAAUUUUAUAGAUAUGUGUUUUGAGCUUGAAAAUUCUGAGGAUAUGAAAAAAAUUGUUGACAAGAAAAUUAAAGCAUAUUAUAAACAAUGUCCAAAGGAAUAUGUUGAGUCUGAAGAAUUCAUUGAUAUGGUUUCCAGUAAAAUAGUCUCUAUGAGAGCUGCACCGGGAAAAAUGUAUUUAUUUAUUAAAGAUAUAGUUGAUGAAUUGAAUUUGCAAAGGAAAAUGACAAAAUCUAUAGGACCAAAGACAACAGAUAUUGUACAAGAUAAAAUUAUUGAUGGUGAGGAAAGUGAAUAUGACUCCAAGAGACAAAAACAAAUAAGAAAAUUAGAGAAAACUAUUAAGAAAUUACACAGAGCUAUACAAAAACUGGAAGAACAAGAAGUAGAUUUUGAAGAUGAUGAAGAUUCAGUUUAUCUAUUGACUGAAAGGUAUAAAGAAAGAAUGGUCCGUGUCCAUGCAAAGUUUUGCCAGUUGACAAAUACGAAAAUGCCAUCAGAACCUCGUAUAAACUUAGAAGUUAGACCUGGACGACCAGCGGGCCCUGUACGAAAACUUGAAAAGUGGGUAAAUAAAAAAGUGCCAAUUGGAACACCAUUGCCAUUUCCUGACUUUCAUGAUGUUUUGCGGUGUGUCCGGGAGUCUAACGAGGAAGAUAAUUUGGGUUGGAAUGAAGUUGAUAUAAUGGAAGAAGCUCGCGACUUAUUUACGAGAUGUGGAAAAAAACUUCAAAGGCGCCGACAAGAAAAUGAAUGGAGACUGGCUAUUUCAAGGAUAUCCCAUGAGGUAGAUCCAGCAGGAGAAAAUGUUGAACUUCAAAAGAAGUUAGAUGAAAACCAAUCUCUGGCAUCGAAAAAAGAGACAGAGCUUUUGAACAAGUAUGUGGAUAGACAGAAUCAAUUAAAGCUUGUAGCUGAAGAAAUUGGAGACAAAGAAGCAGAAGAGUCUCCUGUAGAAAGUGAGGAAGAGGAACUUGUUGAGGAUAAUAAUUCUCUAGUGGACAAACAGAAACGUAAAGAAAGGCUCAAAAGACUACUGCAGGAAAAAAAUAGAAAGACAGAAGAAAAAGAAAAUGAUCCUACAAAAAAAGAAAACCAUAAUGUUAAAACUAAUGAAAAAAUGGUGCAAUCUAAACAAGUAGAGGGAAAUACUAAAUUACAAGAGAACAGUCUAAACAAAAUAGACGUUUCAGAAAUUGACGCUCAGGAUACUGAAGCAAGUGAUGUAAUUGAAAAUAUUGAUGAAAAUAUAAUAACAAGUAAAGAAGAAGAUAAAAAAGGCGAAAGUGACGUAAAUGAAUUUGAAUCUGAUAUAGAUGAACUACAUCUGUUACAGAAAUUGCACUCUGGAAAUGAAAGUGAUGCAUCAACUCUUGGGUCUUCUGAUUCUGACACGCCAAUAGCUAUCUCGGAUACUUUAGAAUCAGACAGUGAUACAGAAAAUAAAAAGCAUUUAAGUGAUGUAAUAAGCAUUGAAAAUUCUAGUUACUCUGAAUCUGAAGUUACUGCUGAUAGUUUUUCAAAGGAAUAUGAUGUAAAAAAAUCCCAUGUCGAAAACUUAGUGAGCUCUUCUUUCGAAGUUGAGUACUUCUCAAGAAGCCCUGGGCAGAAAGGAAAUGAAAACAUAAUUGAAAAUAUACUUCUCGCUUCGUCUGACGACGAUAGCUCAAAUAAAGAUACAAGUUAUAAUGAAACUUGCAUAAAUUUAAAAGACGAUGAUAUAUCGUUCACAGAAACAUCAGUUGUAAAAACAGGACUAACUAUUAAUAAAAACUUGUUCGAGAACAAAUCUAUGAUAGAAGCACCUGUAGUAAGAACAGGAUUAACUAUCAAUAAAAACUUAUUUGAGAACAAUAAUGCUUUAGAAAUUCUAGAAAGUGUCAAUACAAAUAUGUUGAUCAAUGAACAAGGAGACAAACAAGAUACCAACCUUAUCAUGGAUACUAUAAUGGAAGUUGCUGAUGUUGGUGAUGAUAAUAAUUCAGGUGAGCGGCCAAUAGACGAAGUAGAAAACAGAAGUAUAUCAGAUGAUGUUAACUCAGUUGAAAGUCUCGAUACCCAAAUUGAACAAAACCUAGAAGAAAUAAACUUACAAAUGGACUGUUAUAAAAAUAUAGAAUCAUAUAGUAUAGAGUUAUGUGGUGAGAGUAUGAAUAAUGAUACACAGAAUGAUGUCAUUGAAGCAAAUUGCUCAUCUGCCAAUAUUGAGACUGGUAAUGAUAAUACUAUGGAAACGGAAUAAAAGCUAUAUAUUUAUCAAAUUAACAAAACUAACAAUUCAGUAAUUUAACUGUCUUUAUUGCUUAUAUUCAGUUUUUUAAUUUUAUGCUGUAAAUAAAUAUUUAUGUUAUAAUUAAAUUAGACCUAUUUAAAUAAUAUACGGAUGGAUAAGCAGGAUGUAGGUUGAAACAAAAUAGGUGUUUUAUUCUAAGAAUCUUCAUAUUUUAAGACUUGUAUACAUAACACUUAACUGUAAUAACUCUCGGGUACACUGAUUAUACCAAGCUGAGCUUAGGUUAACAGUACGUAUCUGUCUAUACUAUUUAUAUAUAUUUAUUAUAUUUCUUAAUAAACUAGUUAGUAAGGUCUACUCU